CUGAUACAUAUGCCAGCUGAUGUGCAUACUGUCGGAGUUUACAGUCCGUGGUUCACUGCAAUGCUUCGGUGCAGGACACUGUUCACACACAUGGCAAAACAGAUGAUGCGAGCAGCUCAGUUUGAAAAGGGCGGCCCCGAGAAUCUGUACGUAGCAGAGGUAGCCAGGCCUGUUCUUGGGGAGGGUCAGGUGCUUAUCAGGGUGCAUGCUACCGCCAUCAACAGGGCCGAUACCUUGCAGAGGAAGGGUCUGUACCCACCCCCUCCAGGAGAGAGUGACAUUUUGGGUCUAGAGGCCGCAGGCGUGGUGGAAUCUUUUGGACCUGGAUGUUCAGGGAAAUGGAAGAUUGGCGAUAGAGUUAUGUCCCUUUUGGCAGGGGGAGGUAACUCGGAGUAUGUGGCCAGUCCAGAGAAACUCCUCAUGCCAAUACCAGAAGGGAUGGACUACAUCAACGCUGCAGCUAUACCAGAGGUGUGGCUGACCGCAUACCAGCUGCUGCACUUUGUCGGCAAGGUCCAGACGGGGGAGACUGUGCUGAUUCACGGAGGAGCAAGCGGAGUGGGGACAGCCGCCAUUCAGUUGGUAUCCCUGGCCGGUGCCAAGUCCAUAGUAACAGCAGGAUCGGAAAACAAGAUCGCCACUGCCACGUCCCUUGGGGCCUCAAUAGGUUUCAACUACAAGGAGGGGGACUUCAGCCAGAAGGUUCUGGAUGCAACAAACGGCAAGGGAGUUGACGUCAUCCUGGACUGUGUGGGCGGGUCCUACUAUGAACAGAACAUGAAUGUCAUCGCAACUGAUGGACGAUGGGUGCUGUAUGGACUGAUGGGCGGUGGCCAGAUCAGCGGUGACGUGUUGGCGAAACUGUUGCGUAAGCGAGUGUCCAUUACAGGAACCACACUCCGUGCUCGAUCUCUAGAGAUUAUUAUUAAGGGUGGCACAAGUGGACGUGUGGUCUAAGGCUCCAAAAUUUGAUGAGUAUACUCGUAGUUGCCUGCUUUAGUGAUGCCAAGACCCGCUGAAUGGGGGUUUGAAUCCCCAAAUACCGAUUACCCUGUGCUUACUGUAAGAGCAGACUGGUGAGGUUCGGGUUGUUAAAUGUUGAACUUGGCUGAUAGUGUGUCAUUGUCGACACAUAACUUUGCUCUUGCUGUUAGUGCUUUGUCUGCCUGUGGGGAUUCUGAUAAAGAAUUGGUCCAGGUGAGAUGAGUUUGGGUUUAAUGUCGCAUUCAAGAUUAUUGCAGUUAUACAGCGACUUGUACUAGUCCCGACUAAUGCCCAUUUUAUAGUGCUGGAAUUUCGCUAUCAGUGGUUAUUACUAGUUAUAUCCCUUCUAUGUCCUUCCUAGUGACCAAUUCACCUCUCACAUCACGUGCAUUUGCUCCAAACAAAAUGGCGGCGCCCAGUCAAGACGAUCUGAAUGAUAUUCAAGAUCGGUGUUGUAAUGAAACGGGUCUUACUUCGCGAUGUGCAUCAAAUCACGUGAGCACCUUGAUUAGAAACAUGAAAAGCUUUGGAAAAUAUCUGUUGACUCUGAGCUGGCGGUACACAUGCUUUGCAAAUCCUGCAAUCGACCGAAAACUGCACAGCAGUUUACGAACCAGAUGUCGAUUUCGUUAUGCGAUUUUGAUGGCAUAGACUCAUUAGUCUAGCCAAACUACAACUCCAUAACUCCAGCUUAGUGCGGGAACAUGCAGACUGCCGUGAUAUAGCUGAAUUAUUGCUAAGUGUUGAGUAGAGAGUGAGUGAGUUAAAAUUUAAGGUCGCAUCGGCAUUAUUUCAGCCAUACAGCAAAGUGUUGUGUAAAGGGAAAUUCACUCACUUACUCGUAUUCCUGUU